GUGAAAGAAAUCAAGAAUUGCAGCAAAAACAAUCUUCAAAAACCAAAUGGAUUCAGAUAGCUAUCUGCCCUCAAAAAGAUUAUUAGGAAAAGUUGCGGUGAUAACGGGCGGAGCAAGGGGGAUCGGAGCAGCCACGGCCAAAGCCUUCGCCCAAAACGGGGCCCACGUCGUAAUCGCCGACAUCCUCGACGAGCCCGGCUCGAGGCUCGCCGACAUCAUCAACGGCCGAUACACGCACUGCGACGUAUCUAUCGAGGGCGACGUGGAACGAGCGAUCCAGCUGGCGCUCGACUGGAAGGGCCGCCUCGACAUCAUGUUCAACAACGCCGGGGUGGCGGGCCCCGACGGCAGCAUCACCAACCUCGAGAUCGGACGGCUCACGUCGCUCCUCGCCGUGAACCUCCACGGGGUUGUGCACGGGAUAAAACACGCCGCACGCGCCAUGAUAGACAAGAAAACUGCAGGGUCCAUCAUAUGCUCGUCCAGCUCAGCGGCCAUUAUGGGAGGGCUGGCCUCGCACGCAUACACCAUGUCCAAGGAGGCUAUCCUGGGACUCGCUAGAACGACCGCCUGUGAGCUAGGGGAGCACGGGAUACGAGUGAACUGUGUGUCACCGCACGGGGUGGCAUCGGAGAUGCUAGUGGGGGCCUACAAAAGAUUCCUUGGCAAUCCGGAUCUGAAAACGGAAGAUGUUAGCAAGAUGGUCAGUGAGACAGGGAGUCUUCUUAAGGGGAGGGGCCCCACUGUGGAGGAUGUUGCUCAAGGGGUGCUGUUUUUGGCGAGCGAUGAAUCGGGGUUUAUUACGGGCCAUAAUCUGGUUAUAGAUGGGGGCUUCACUGCUGCUAGCAAUCAAAUGAGUUUCAUAUACCAGGGCUAGAUAUACAAAUAUAUAUAUAUAUAUAUAUACACACACA